ACGAGGUACGCCGCUCGUUUGCAAUCGACUCUUUGGGAGUUGCAGGUAAGCCUAGAGAGAAUGCUGACGAUGUGAAAGCGCAGGAAAUGUUAGAGAAGUCUGCAGUGCUCACCAAUGGCAGGUGGUCAGUGGGUCUACCGUGGAAAGAUCCGCACGUCAGCUUGCCCGAUAGUUACCCUAGCGCUUUUAAGCGGCUUCAGGGUGUAGAAAAGAAGAUGCUAGCUGAUAAAGCGUAUGGACUCAGGUACGAGGAACGUGUCAACCAUUUGUUUGAAAACGAUUUCGCUCGGGAAAUGGCCGACACGUCACUCACGCCUAAUACGUGGUACUUACCACAUUUCGGAGUUGACAACCCGAACAAGAAGAAGCUACGUUUGGUUUAUGACGCAGCAGCCAAAAGUCAAGGCAAGUCUCUAAACGACUUCCUUCUCACGGGUCCGGAUUUACUCGUUUCCUUGUUCGGCAUUAUGGUUCGUUUUCGAGAGGAUAGGGUAGCCGUAACCGGUGACAUAAAAGAUAUGUUUUUGAGAAUUAAAAUUAACCCCGUAGAUCAGAACGCCCUCAGAUUCCUGUGGAGAGGUAGGAACCCCACAGGCCCAGUGAAGACGUACGCGAUGACGUCGCUGAUUUUCGGCGCGAACUGCUCGCCCUUUGUUGCCCAGUACAUUAAGAACAAGAACGCUAGCAGGUUCGAGUCUACGUUUCCAGCUGCCGUCGCUGCUAUACACCGCCAGCACUAUAUGGACGACUAUAUUGAUAGUCUGCCGGAUGAAGCUACCGCUAUCAGUAUGGUAAAGAAUAUUCGCGAUAUUCACAGCGCGGGAGGUUUCGAAAUCCGCAACUGGACGUGUAAUAGCGCAAAUGUGCUCGACACUAUACCUAAGGAUAUUUUAGGUAAUACAGCUGUGAGGUUUGGACUGGACGAACAUGACGAAGGUGAGCGCACUCUUGGACUGAUUUGGUACCCUGCCAAGGAUGAACUGGGGUUCGAUGUUUCAUUCAAGCGCAUUCCCGACACCGUCAUCAAAGGCGAACAAAGACCUACGAAGAGGGUUAUGUUGCGUGUUAUUAUGUCAGUUUUUGACAUUUUUGGGUUCUUGUCACCUUUCACUACACAAGGCAAAGUUAUGCUGCAAGAUACCUGGCGUCUCCAUAUCGACUGGGACGAUAUUAUUCCAGAUGAAUUGUAUAAAAAAUGGUGCAGUUGGUUGGAAUUACUGAAGGUUAUUGGAGAAAUUCGCCUGCCAAGAUGGUACCAGUCAUGCGCUGCUAGGUGUAAGGUGGGAGAUGAGUUGACCAAAACUUUACCAGGCUCUUCUUUUCAUGCCGUGACCGGCCAAUGCUACAGUGACUUAGAACUGCAUUUAUUCAGUGACGCCUCACUUAAGGCAAUGUCAGCGGUUGCGUACUGGCGUUGGAAGAGUAACGAUCAGAUAUUUGUCGCGUUUGUUGCCAGCAAAAGCCGAGUAUCUUCGGUGAAAACUCAAACUGUGCCACGAUUGGAACUUCAAGCUGCGUUGCUAGCAGCUCGACUCGCUGACUCAAUAGCGAAGGCACAUCGUUUGCACGUCACACGGCGAUACUUUUGGUGUGAUUCAAGUACGGUGCUACACUGGAUUGGCAACAACACUCGUCGAUACAAGACUUUCGAAGCUAACAGAUUAGGCGAGAUUGACGACCUCUCACAAGCCUCUGAGUGGAGAUAUGUACCUACAGGACUGAACGUGGCGGACAUUGCUACCAGAGAAACGUUCAAUUAUCAGUCUUUUCUUAAUGAGUGGUUCAAGGGACCCGAGUUUUUGUACAGCGAUGAGACUUACUGGCCAGCGAACGUCCUGGAACCCGAAAAUGAAGUCGGCGCUGAAGCUUGCAUGACCGUAGUACAAAACUCGCCUACAUGUUUCUCGGUUCCCGAACCUGAGCGCUUCUCCUCGUGGCUACGAUUUCUGCGAUCUACCGCUUGUGUUCUCAAGUUUGUAAAUACAUGCAGAGGUAUAGCACUUGACGACUACGCCCUGAUGGAGCAAGCAAAGCAGUUAAUCUUGCGGCAAGCUCAGGAAGACUCGUUUGCCAGUGACAUACAAGCAGUAAAGGCAGUUAAAGACUUGCCACGCGACAGUCGGCUGAGAAAUCUAUCUCCCUACUUGGACGAGAACAAUGUUUUACGCGUAAGCGGGCGCAUUGAUGCUGUUUCUGACGUACCUCAGGACGCGAAAAGGCCCAUUAUUCUUGACGGACGGCAUCCUACUACCAAGCUUUUGGUCAAGCACUAUCAUGUGAAGGCCCCGCACGGACACCAAGAAGCGGUAGUAAACGAUUUGAAACAAGAAUUUUGGAUAAUCCAAUUGCGACCUACUGUCAAAAAUGUUGCGUCUCGUUGCAUGUUCUGCAGGUUAAGAAAGGCUACCCCACAAGUGCCUCGGAUGGGUGACUUACCUCAAGCGCGCAUGGCGCAUCAUCAACGUGCAUUCACCUAUUGCGGGAUCGAUCUGUUUGGGCCUAUGGAAGUCACAGUAGGCAGACGUCGAGAAAAACGUUACGGCGUUUUGUUUACUUGCCUAACCGUUCGUGCAGUCCACAUAGAAGUCGUUCACACACUUACUACCGACUCACUGAUCAUGGCGCUUCGACGAAUGGCGUCUCGACGUGGGUGGCCGUCGCAUAUUUACUCCGACAACGGCACGAACCUACGCGGAGCAGACGUCGAAUUGCGAAGAUCCAUACAGGAGCUCGACGAAGAAUCACUAAGAGCCGCAGCUCUUAACAAUCAAGUUCGCUGGACUUUUAUUCCGCCCGCCAGCCCCCAUUGGGGUGGGGCGUGGGAGCGCUUGAUUCGGACCGUAAAGCGAUCUCUUCGUGUCAUUUUAAAAGAACGAGCGCCCCGAGACGAAACUCUAAAUACUCUACUAGCGGAAGUAGAAGGUAUUGUCAACGGUCGACCACUAACACACGUGUCGGUAGAGCCGGGCUCCUCUGAAGCGCUUACACCCAACCACUUUCUUAUAGGUUCUUCGUCCAGGUUGCCAGUACAUGGCGUAUUUGACGAUUCGGACUUAGCCAUAAGGAAGCAAUGGCGAAUAGCGCAGCGAUUGGCCGACAUGUACUGGAAACGUUGGAUGAAGGAGUUCCUCCCGCUUCUGUUACCGAGAAAGAAGUGGCAACAGGAGCAGAAGCCAAUGAGUGUUGGUGACCUAGUGCUUGUCGUUGACCCUGAUUCACCUCGAAACGUAUGGCCACGAGGCCUAAUAAAAAGUGUUCUGCCUGGAAAAGACGGCCGUAUCAGAGUAGUCGACAUCAGCACCGCUACCGGCGUGCUGCGCCGGUCUGUGGCGCGCGUGGCUCCUGUACCCUUAGCUGAUUAG